UAGGAGAAGAAUGCAAACACAAAGUCCUCUUUCCGGCUUAGUAGAAAGCUCAAAGCAAAUGAGUGUGACAGAUUAAAUAAUGAGAGAUUCCAAAUGAGCUUGCAAUGCAUUGUUUGACUAGUAUAUUCCGUCACAAGAAAAAAAAAAUGGAGUUUAAUUUGUAUCUAUAAAUGUGUGAAAGCAGCUGUAUAGGGCGACCGAAUUCCAAUGGCUUCUUCUCCAACAAACUGCCCACCCUUCCAAUUCUCAGCUAAGUAUUACCAUCUUGAUGGCGCCACCUGUGUUAGGCAAUCCAGUUUCUUCGGAGGCCAACCGGUGCUCAAUCAAGGCCUCGGAUAUUCCGUCAUCCUCGGAUUCGGCGCCUUUUUCGCAGUCUUCACUUCAUUCCUGGUAUGGUUGGAAAAGAGAUAUGUUGGUUCGCAACAUACAUCCGAAUGGUUCAACACAGCUGGGAGGAAUGUCAAGACAGGCCUUAUUGCCAGUGUGAUUGUUUCCCAGUGGACUUGGGCAGCAACCAUCUUACAAAGCUCCAACGUCGCGUGGGAGUAUGGAAUCAGUGGCCCUUUCUGGUAUGCAAGUGGAGCUACUAUCCAGGUGCUCUUAUUUGGAGUAAUGGCCAUCGAGAUCAAACGAAAAGCCCCUCAUGCUCACACCGUUUGCGAGAUUGUCAAAGCAAGAUGGGGCACCGCAGCUCACAUGGUGUUCCUAACGUUCUGCUUCAUGACGAACAUCAUCGUGACGGCCAUGCUUCUCCUCGGAGGCUCCGCGGUGGUGAACGCCCUCACCGGAGUGAACAUAUACGCCGCGAGUUUCCUCAUACCGCUCGGUGUCAUCGUCUACACUCUAGCCGGAGGGCUGAAAGCCACCUUCUUGGCAAGCUACAUUCACUCUGUAAUAGUGCACGUCGUGCUGGUGAUCUUCGUGUACCUCGUGUACGUCGCCAGCAGCGAGCUAGGCAGCCCGGACGUGGUGUACAGACGCCUGCUGGAGGUGGCGAGCAAGGCGCGGAGCUGCCAGGAUCCGACCUCCCACGCCGGCCAAGCGUGUGGCCCGGUUAACGGCAACUACAAAGGGUCUCACCUCACGAUGCUGAGCUCCGGCGGCCUUGUCUUCGGCAUCAUCAACAUUGUUGGCAAUUUCGGGACAGUCUUCGUAGACAACGGGUAUUGGGUGAGUGCGAUUGCAGCAAGGCCGUCGUCAACGCAUAAGGGCUACUUGCUAGGCGGAUUGGUGUGGUUUGCCGUUCCGUUUUCCUUAGCGACGUCGCUUGGAUUAGGAGCAUUGGCACUCGAUCUGCCCAUAACUGCGAGCGAGGCGAGCCGCGGGCUCGUCCCUCCCGCCACGGCGAUUGCUCUCAUGGGGAAAGGGGGAUCCGUGCUGCUCCUCACCAUGCUUUUCAUGGCUGUUACAUCUGCCGGUUCCUCGGAGUUGAUUGCCGUCUCCUCGCUGUGCACGUACGACAUCUACCGCACGUACAUGAAUCCCGGCGCGACUGGGAAACAGAUCCUGCGGGUGUCGAGGAGCGUGGUUCUCGGCUUCGGGUGUUUGAUGGGAAUCCUAGCUGUGAUGCUCAACAAAGCCGGAGUUUCUCUCGGUUGGAUGUACUUAGCGAUGGGGGUGUUCGUUGGGUCCGCUGUUCUUCCCAUAGCAUUCAUGCUUCUGUGGGGAAAGGCCAAUGCCAAGGGCGCCAUUCUCGGCGCCAUCGGCGGCUGUGUGCUUGGAAUCACAACUUGGCUCACCGUGACUAAACUGGAAUACGGGCGCGUUAACCUCGACACGACUGGGAGGAACGCGCCCAUGCUGGCUGGCAACCUCGUCUCCAUACUCGUUGGAGGAGCGGUUCAUGCCGCCUGCAGCUUCGUCUGGCCUCAGAACUACGACUGGGAGACGACGAAGCAGAUCACCGUGGUUGAGAAGGAGAAGAGCGAGGUGUCGGAUGAGGAGCUGAGGGAGGAGAAGCUCAUUUUAGCAAAGAGAUGGAUAGUUAAAUGGGGUGUUGGAUUCACACUAGUCAUUGCUGUUAUUUGGCCUAUUCUAACUCUCCCUGCAGGGCAAUUCAGCAAGGGAUACUUCACAUUUUGGGCGGUGAUAGCGAUAGCAUGGGGCACGGUGGCCUCCGGUGUGAUCAUAGCUCUGCCGUUGAUGGAGAGCUGGGCGACGAUCAAGACGGUGGUUCUAGGCAUGUUCACCAACGAUAGGCUGAUGGCGAAGAUGGAGGAGCUCGAUGUGAAGCUGCAGACGAUCAUUUCCGCCAUCCCAGAUGUGGAGAAAAUGCGCUUGCUGGAGACGGACAAGAAGCACACAUCAGAAAUACAAGUUGAGGUUGUUCCACAAUGAUGGAUCUUUUGAGAUUCCUCUGUUUCUUGCUACAAUUUGUUAAUCAUGUAAAUAACAGUUGCUUUGAUUGUGUGGUAACUGCCGAAAUAUGAAGGCCUCCAUUCUUGAAUUCACAGACAACUAUGGUAUUUUCAUGUAUAAAUUUAAUUAAUUAUU